AUGGCAUCCUUUGACUUUGACUUGGAGCAACAGUACAACUCUGACAAUCUCAUUUGGGUUUCCAGUACCCGCGGUGGUCUGCAAGAGCCACCAGCACUUGAUUUCACUCAAGACAGAAAUGGAAAGAUUCGUGUCCAGCAAGUCUUGUCCAAAUUUCAACAGUCCAGUGGAAUCAUUCAAGUAGGCUUUCAGCUCUUGCAGAUACAAGGACAAGAGGUUGCCGACUAUGAAGGUGGGGUUGACGAAAUCCAAAAGGUGAUCCAAGAAAGUCUUUCUCUUGAAAUGGUCUUGUUGAGGUCUACUACUGACAUCGGUAGCAAGUUGAAAGCUUCUGAAACAUGCAACAAGGACAACCGAAUAUCCGUCAGCAACGACAACCGAACAUCUGACAAGAAAAUCCAAAAUCGUCCCAAACGAAGAGGGACAAUCCAUACUCCUGGAGAAGGCUGGGUCAAGAUUGUUCCCAAACCCAUGGAAGAUCCCUUUGCCUCACUCGGACAGCGAUAUAAAUACAACAAUAUUGCGUGGGCGUGCAACACCCGGCAUUCUCUCCGACAGCCCGUCCCUUUGCAAUUGAUCCAAGAUGACGAAGAUUGCAGUACCAUCCGCAUUCACCAGAUCGAUCCCAACUUCCAAGAGGCAACUGGGUUACAGGUAGGACAGCAAGUGGUGCAGCUUCAAGAAAAGGAUGUUGAUUCGUACGAAGACUUUCAGGAAAUCAAAGACAUUGUUCGAGAAAGCUUGAAACUCCAGUUGAUUGUCCUCAGGUCUACGGCAGUGAAAGCAACUGAAAAGGGCAAUUCCUCCACGACUGACAACACCGAGAUUAUCACCACCAAAGAAGAAGAAGAAUCCAUCUACACUGCCACGUCCAGUACUGAAUUUACUGUGGAUGAGUCUGCUGCUGAAGAGGAGUCACCGCACCAGGAAGAACCACAACCGGCUUCCGACCAAUUACUGGUUGUCGUUGAAAAUCCAUCAGUAGCAGUCGAAGAUCCAUCAUUGGUAGUGAAAGAGCCAGUGUCGAUGCCAAUCUUCGAUGAUCCCUCGGCAAUCUGA